CCGGACUGAAGCAGGCUCUUUCCGCCGCCAUUGCGGAUUUCGGACAGAAGAUCAGCCACUGCUAUCCAUCGAUGCAGGGCAGGAAGCACUUACAGAAGGGGGACAUAUCUAACAUUUUUUACCAGUAGCAGAUUCCGGAAACACGAUCACCAACACCGUAUUUUACCUUUUAUCGUGUCUUUUUGUUUUCACUGACUGGCUCCGACCUACACAGUGAGGAGGUCGAAGCUAGCGCGGUGCAUAGCUAGCUGUACGGCUAGGAUUUCAGGAGGAGGAGAAGCUAAAAGGAAACCCUCACCAUGGCUCAAAUCCUACCUAUCCGCUUCCAGGAGCACCUGCAGCUCCAGAACCUGGGAAUCAACCCGGCCAACAUUGGGUUCAGCACUCUGACCAUGGAGUCUGAUAAGUUCAUCUGCAUCAGAGAGAAGGUGGGUGAGCAGGCCCAGGUGGUCAUCAUCGACAUGGCCGACCCCAACAACCCCAUCCGCCGGCCCAUCUCCGCAGACAGCGCCAUCAUGAACCCUGCCAGCAAAGUUAUUGCCCUUAAAGACGCGGCAAAGACCCUGCAGAUCUUCAACAUCGAGAUGAAGAGCAAGAUGAAGGCUCACACCAUGACAGACGACGUGACCUUCUGGAAGUGGAUCUCCCUCAACACCGUCGCCCUGGUCACAGACAACGCGGUCUACCAUUGGAGCAUGGAGGGCGACUCUCAGCCAAUCAAAGUGUUCGACCGUCACUCCAGCCUGGCAGGAUGUCAGAUCAUCAACUAUCGGACAGACGCCAAGCAGAAGUGGCUGCUGCUCAUCGGCAUCUCAGCACAGCAAAACCGUGUGGUUGGAGCCAUGCAGCUGUACUCUGUGGACAGGAAGGUGUCUCAGCCCAUCGAGGGGCAUGCCGCCGGCUUUGCACAGUUUAAAAUGGAGGGCAACACUGAAGAAUCCACCCUGUUCUGCUUCGCUGUGCGAGGACAGGCCGGAGGAAAGCUGCAUAUCAUUGAAGUAGGGACCCCGCCCACUGGGAACCAGCCGUUUCCAAAGAAAGCUGUCGAUGUGUUCUUUCCUCCAGAAGCACAGAACGACUUCCCUGUGGCCAUGCAGAUCAGCUCCAAGCAAGACGUCGUCUUCCUCAUCACCAAAUACGGCUACAUCCACCUGUAUGACCUGGAGACUGGAACGUGUAUCUACAUGAACCGGAUCAGCGGGGAGACCAUUUUCGUCACUGCCCCCCAUGAGCCAACUGCCGGCAUCAUCGGAGUCAACAGGAAAGGACAGGUGUUGUCUGUGUGCGUGGAGGAGGAAAACAUCAUCCCUUACAUCACCAACGUGCUCCAGAACCCGGACCUGGCGCUGCGCAUGGCCGUCCGCAACAACCUCGCCGGUGCUGAGGAGCUGUUCGCCCGCAAAUUCAACACUCUGUUUGCAGCGGGGAAUUACUCCGAAGCUGCCAAGGUGGCGGCCAACGCACCCAAGGGUAUCCUGCGGACCCCAGACACCAUCCGUCGUUUCCAGAGUGUUCCCGCCCAGCCGGGCCAGACGUCUCCGCUGCUCCAGUACUUUGGCAUCUUGCUGGACCAAGGCCAACUGAACAAGUUUGAGUCUCUGGAGCUGUGCAGGCCUGUCCUGCAGCAGGGCCGCAAGCAGCUCCUGGAGAAGUGGCUGAAAGAGGACAAGCUGGAGUGCUCUGAGGAGCUCGGAGACUUGGUGAAGUCUGUAGAUCCCACUCUGGCCCUCAGCGUCUACCUCAGGGCCAACGUCCCCAACAAGGUCAUCCAGUGCUUUGCAGAGACCGGACAGUUCCAGAAGAUUGUCCUCUACGCCAAGAAGGUUGGCUACACUCCAGACUGGAUCUUCUUGCUGAGGAACGUCAUGCGCAUCAGUCCGGAGCAGGGCCUGCAGUUCUCCCAGAUGCUGGUCCAGGACGAGGAGCCGCUUGCUGACAUUACACAGAUCGUUGAUGUGUUCAUGGAGUACAACCUGAUCCAGCAGUGCACAUCCUUCCUACUCGAUGCCCUGAAGAACAACAGACCCAUGGAGGGACCCCUGCAGACACGCCUGCUGGAAAUGAAUCUGGUGCACGCUCCACAGGUUGCAGACGCCAUCCUGGGCAAUCAGAUGUUCACCCACUACGACCGCGCUCAUGUGGCUCAGCUGUGUGAGAAGGCCGGUCUCCUGCAGAGGGCGCUGGAGCAUUACACCGACCUGUAUGACAUUAAGCGCGCUGUGGUGCACACACACCUUCUCAACCCAGAGUGGUUGGUGAAUUUCUUUGGCUCCCUGUCAGUGGAGGACUCUCUGGAGUGUUUGAGGGCCAUGCUGUCUGCAAACAUCCGCCAGAACCUGCAGAUCUGUGUCCAGGUCGCCUCCAAGUACCACGAGCAGCUCUCCACCCAGUCCCUCACUGAGCUGUUUGAGUCGUUCAAGAGCUUUGAAGGUUUGUUUUACUUCUUGGGGUCCAUUGUGAACUUCAGCCAGGAUCCAGAGGUCCACUUCAAAUACAUCCAGGCCGCCUGCAAGACGGGCCAGAUCAAAGAGGUGGAGAGAAUCUGCCGAGAGAGCAACUGCUACGACCCCGAACGCGUGAAGAACUUCCUCAAGGAAGCCAAACUGACUGACCAGCUGCCUCUGAUCAUCGUGUGCGACCGCUUUGACUUUGUCCACGACCUGGUUCUGUACCUGUACCGCAACAGCCUGCAGAAAUACAUCGAGAUCUACGUGCAGAAGGUUAACCCGAGCCGUCUGCCAGUCGUCAUCGGGGGUUUGCUGGAUGUGGACUGUGCUGAGGAUGUGAUUAAGAACCUGAUCUUGGUGGUCAGAGGGCAGUUCUCCACCGAUGAGCUGGUGGCUGAAGUAGAGAAGAGAAAUCGACUGAAGCUGCUGCUGCCGUGGUUAGAAGCUCGCAUUCAUGAAGGCUGCGAGGAGCCCGCCACCCACAACGCCCUGGCCAAGAUCUACAUCGACAGCAACAACAACCCCGAGCGCUUCCUGAGGGAGAACCCCUUCUACGACAGCCGCGUGGUGGGCAAGUACUGCGAGAAGAGAGACCCCCACCUGGCCUGCGUGGCCUACGAGAGAGGACAGUGUGACCAGGAGCUGAUUCAUGUGUGCAAUGAGAACUCGCUGUUCAAGAGUCUGUCCCGCUACCUGGUGCGUCGUAAAGAUGCUGAGCUGUGGGCGAGCGUCCUGCUGGAGACCAACAACUACCGAAGACCGCUCAUCGACCAGGUGGUGCAGACGGCCUUGUCUGAGACCCAGGACCCAGAGGAGGUGUCCGUCACAGUCAAAGCCUUCAUGACCGCAGACCUCCCCAACGAGCUCAUCGAGCUGCUGGAGAAGAUCGUCCUGGAUAACUCUGUCUUCAGUGAGCACAGAAACCUGCAGAACCUGCUGAUCCUGACAGCCAUUAAAGCCGACCGCACUCGUGUGAUGGAGUACAUCAACCGCCUGGACAACUACGACGCCCCGGACAUCGCCAACAUCGCCAUCAGCAACGAGCUGUUUGAGGAGGCCUUCGCUAUUUUCAAAAAGUUUGAUGUCAACACCUCUGCUGUGCAGGUUCUCAUUGAGCACAUUGGUAACCUGGACCGAGCCUAUGAGUUUGCGGAGCGCUGCAACGAGCCGCCGGUGUGGAGUCAGCUGGCGAAGGCCCAGCUUCAGAAGGGUCUGGUGAAGGAAGCCAUCGACUCGUACAUCAAGGCUGACGACCCCUCUGCGUACAUGGAGGUGGGACAAGCUGCUGCACAAAGCGGAAACUGGGAGGACCUGGUGAAGUUCCUGCAGAUGGCCCGUAAGAAGGCCCGCGAGUCGUACGUUGAGACGGAGCUGAUCUUCGCUCUGGCCAAAACAAACCGCCUGGCUGAGCUCGAGGAGUUCAUCAACGGACCGAAUAACGCUCACAUUCAGCAAGUGGGUGACCGUUGCUAUGAUGAUAAGAUGUAUGACGCAGCCAAACUGCUCUACAACAACGUCUCUAACUUCGGCCGUCUGGCCUCCACCCUGGUGCACCUCGGGGAGUACCAGGCGGCCGUGGACGGAGCCCGCAAGGCCAACAGCACCCGCACCUGGAAGGAGGUGUGUUUUGCGUGUGUAGAAGGAAAGGAGUUCCGUCUCGCUCAGAUGUGCGGCCUGCAUAUUGUCGUCCAUGCUGACGAACUGGAGGAACUCAUCAACUACUACCAGGACCGCGGGUACUUCGAGGAGCUGAUCACCAUGCUGGAGGCCGCCCUGGGGCUGGAGCGCGCUCACAUGGGGAUGUUCACCGAGCUCGCCAUCCUCUACUCCAAAUUCAAACCGCAGAAGAUGAGGGAGCACCUGGAGCUCUUCUGGUCCCGUGUCAACAUCCCAAAGGUCCUCAGGGCAGCAGAGCAGGCCCACCUCUGGGGGGAGCUGGUGUUCCUCUACGACAAGUACGAGGAAUACGACAAUGCCAUCAUCACCAUGAUGAGCCACCCAGCUGAUGCCUGGAAAGAGGGCCAGUUCAAAGACAUUGUCACCAAGGUGGCCAACGUGGAGCUGUACUACAAGGCCGUGCAGUUUUAUCUGGAGUUCAAACCGUUGUUGCUGAACGACCUGCUCAUCGUCCUCUCUCCUCGGCUGGACCACUCGCGCGCCGUCAACAACUUCAGCAAGGUGAAACAGCUGCCUCUGGUUAAACCUUACCUGAGGUCAGUCCAGACUCACAACAACAAGUCAGUCAAUGAGGCACUCAACAACCUCUUCAUCAUCGAGGAAGACUAUGCGGCCGUGCGCACUUCCAUCGAUGCCUACGACAACUUCGACAACAUCUCGCUGGCUCAGGGCCUGGAGAAGCACGAUCUGAUCGAGUUCAGGAGGAUCGCAGCUUACCUGUUCAAGGGCAACAACCGCUGGAAACAGAGCGUCGAGCUCUGCAAGAAGGACAAGCUCUACAAGGACGCCAUGCAGUACGCGUCGGAGUCCAAAGAUAUCGAGCUGGCCGAGGAGCUGCUGGCCUGGUUCCUGAACGAGGACAAGAAGGAGUGUUUCGCCGCCUGCUUGUUCACCUGCUACGACCUGCUGCGGCCCGACGUGGUGCUGGAGACGGCCUGGAGGCACAACCUCAUGGACUUCUCCAUGCCAUACUUCAUCCAGGUCAUGAGGGAGUAUCUCUCUAAGGUCGACAAACUGGAAGCCUCCGAGUCCCUGAGGAAACAGGAGGAGCAGAACACCGAGUCCCAACCCAUCGUUUACGGCUCCCCUCAGCUCAUGCUCACGGCGGGGCCCAACGUGGCCGUUCCCCCCCAGCAGCCGUACGGUUACGGUUACCCAGCAGCACCCGGAUACGGCCAGCCACCACAGCAGCCCGGCUUCGGCUACGGCAUGUGAACACCCAACAACCCCCCCACCACCAACACCCCCCCCCCCUCCCAUCUGUCCCC